CGUGUCUAUGGGAGUGCCAGUGCAUCUCACACACCCACUGGCAUUUCUUUCACACGCGGAGUGGUGUGGAGAGUGGAAAGGGAGAAUCCGAAUAUCGCUAACCAAGACGCUCGGCUCUUCAAUUUGACCUGCCUACUAUCAGCUUUUCUGCUUUGAAACCAGCCUAAAACAGUUUCAUCUGCUGAGGAUACCCGACUGACUGAGCGGAGAUGGGGUACGGACGGUCAGACAGCUACCGUGUGGCCACCACGACGGAGAAGGAUGAGAAGGAGUCCCCCAAGAAGGCGGACUCCAAGAAGGCGGACUCCAAGGCAGACAAGAAGACCAAGGACAUGGAGGAAUUGAAGAAGGAAGUUCCCUUGACGGAACACAAGAUGUCCAUCGAGGAGGUAUGCCAGAAGUACUCUACCGACAUAGUCCAGGGUCUGACCAAUGCCAAGGCCGCUGAGUACCUGGCUCGAGACGGCCCCAACGCCCUCACGCCUCCCCCCACCACCCCCGAGUGGGUCAAGUUCUGUCGCCAGCUGUUUGGUGGCUUCUCCAUCCUGCUGUGGACCGGCGCCAUCCUCUGUUUCCUGGCCUACGCCAUCCAGGCCGCCACGGAGGACGAGCCCGCAGGAGACAAUUUGUACCUGGGUAUCGUUCUCUCGGCUGUCGUCAUCAUCACCGGCUGUUUCUCCUACUUCCAAGAGGCAAAGAGCUCCAAAAUCAUGGAGUCCUUCAAGAACAUGGUGCCCCAGCAAGCGCUGGUGAUCCGCGAGGGCGAGAAGAUGCAGAUCAACGCUGAGGAGGUGGUGGCUGGAGACCUGGUGGAGGUGAAGGGAGGAGAUAGGAUCCCCGCUGACCUCAGGAUCGUCUCUGCUCACGGCUGCAAGGUGGAUAACUCCUCCCUGACUGGUGAAUCAGAACCCCAGAGCAGGUCACCUGACUGUACCCAUGACAACCCUCUGGAGACCCGCAAUGUCGCUUUCUUCUCCACCAACUGUGUUGAAGGCACGGCGCGUGGCAUCGUGGUGUGCACCGGCGACCGUACCGUCAUGGGCCGUAUCGCCACCCUCACCUCCGGCCUGGAGUCGGGCAAGACCCCCAUCGCCAAGGAGAUUGAGCAUUUCAUCCACCUGAUCACAGGCGUGGCCGUGUUCCUGGGCAUCACCUUCUUCAUCCUGGCCGUCUGCCUGGGCUACACCUGGCUGGAGGCCGUCAUCUUCCUCAUCGGCAUCAUCGUGGCCAACGUGCCCGAGGGCCUGCUGGCUACUGUCACUGUGUGUCUGACCCUGACCGCUAAGCGUAUGGCUCGUAAGAACUGCCUGGUGAAGAACCUUGAGGCUGUGGAGACCCUGGGCUCCACCUCCACCAUCUGCUCUGAUAAGACUGGCACCCUGACCCAGAACAGGAUGACCGUGGCCCACAUGUGGUUCGACAACCAGAUCCACGAGGCCGACACCACUGAGGACCAGUCUGGCGCCUCAUUCGACAAGAGCUCGGAGACGUGGUUGGCGCUGGCGCGCGUGGCGGCCCUGUGUAACCGGGCGCAGUUCAAAGCGGCUCAGGACCAGCUGCCCAUCCUGAAGAGGGACGUGGCGGGCGACGCCUCAGAGUCCGCGCUGCUGAAAUGUAUCGAGCUGUCCUGCGGCAGCGUCAGGCAGAUGAGGGAGAAGAACAAGAAGGUGGCCGAGAUCCCCUUCAACUCCACCAACAAGUACCAGCUCUCUGUGCAUGAGACGGAGGACGAGAACGACAACCGCUACCUGCUGGUGAUGAAGGGAGCGCCAGAGAGGAUCCUGGACCGCUGCUCCUCCAUCUUGAUCCAGGGCAAGGAGCAGCCCAUGGACGAGGAGAUGAAGGAGGCCUUCCAGAACGCCUACAUGGAGCUGGGAGGACUGGGGGAGAGAGUACUCGGCUUCUGCCACCUGCUAAUGCCCGAGGACCAGUACCCCAAGGGCUUUGCCUUCGACUGUGACGACGUCAACUUCACCACAGAGAGCCUGUGCUUCGUGGGCCUCAUGUCCAUGAUUGACCCUCCCCGUGCCGCCGUGCCCGACGCCGUGGGAAAAUGUCGCUCCGCUGGCAUCAAAGUCAUCAUGGUGACCGGCGAUCAUCCAAUCACAGCCAAGGCUAUCGCCAAGGGCGUGGGCAUCAUCUCCGAGGGCAACGAGACCGUGGAGGACAUCGCCUCUCGCCUCAAUAUCCCUGUCAGCCAGGUCAAUCCCAGGGAUGCCAAGGCGUGUGUGAUCCACGGGACAGACCUGAAGGAUCUGUCUCAGGACCAGAUGGAUGAGAUCCUGAGGAACCACACUGAGAUUGUGUUCGCCAGGACCUCCCCCCAGCAGAAACUCAUCAUCGUGGAGGGUUGCCAGAGACAGGGUGCCAUCGUGGCUGUGACUGGUGAUGGUGUGAACGACUCUCCUGCCCUGAAGAAGGCUGACAUCGGCGUCGCCAUGGGGAUCUCCGGCUCAGACGUGUCCAAACAAGCCGCUGACAUGAUCCUGCUGGACGACAACUUUGCCUCCAUCGUCACCGGAGUGGAAGAGGGACGUCUGAUCUUUGACAACCUGAAGAAGUCCAUUGCCUACACCCUGACCAGUAACAUCCCUGAGAUCACCCCCUUCCUCUUCUUCAUCCUGGUCAACAUCCCACUGCCCUUAGGGACCAUCACCAUCCUCUGCAUCGACCUGGGAACCGACAUGGUGCCAGCGAUCUCCCUGGCCUACGAGGCAGCAGAGAGUGACAUUAUGAAGAGACAGCCCAGGAACCCAGCCAGGGACAAACUGGUGAACGAGAGGCUGAUCAGUAUCGCCUACGGACAGAUUGGGAUGAUCCAGGCUCUGGGAGGGUUCUUCUCCUACUUUGUGAUCCUGGCAGAGAAUGGUUUCCUUCCCUCUUUAUUGGUGGGCAUCAGGCUAAACUGGGACGACCGCUCCAACAACGACCUAGAGGACAGCUACGGACAGCAAUGGACCUAUGAACAGAGGAAGAUAGUGGAGUACACCUGUCACACAGCCUUCUUCGUCAGUAUUGUGGUGGUACAGUGGGCUGAUGUCAUCAUCUGCAAGACCAGGCGCAACUCUGUCUUCCAGCAGGGCAUGAGGAAUAAGAUCCUGAUCUUUGGUCUGUUUGAGGAGACAGCUCUGGCUGCUUUUCUGUCCUACACCCCAGGCAUGGACGUGGCUCUCAGGAUGUACCCCCUCAAGCCCAGCUGGUGGUUCUGUGCGUUCCCGUACAGUUUCCUCAUCUUUGUUUACGAUGAGAUCCGAAAACUCAUCCUGCGCCGAAACCCCGGAGGCUGGGUGGAAAAGGAGACAUACUAUUAAAUUAUCAAACCAUUCUUUACUUCUCACCCCCUUACCUCCCCCUCUUUUUCCUCCUCCCUACCUCCACCAGUCCCUCUAAUCACAUACAAACCAUACAAGAAACCGCAUCUGAAAACUCAUCCAUUCCUCAUCCCGUAUUUUCAUCCAACAUCGCCUUGAGGACAAGAGGACCAACCACCGAGAAGGAGAGGAACAGGGCGAUCACGCCAGAUCCCUGUGCCCCUCUUCGUCUCUGCCUUUUUUUUCUGCCAAAAGACUACAGCAUAGUCAACACUGCCAAUACUCUUCGAAUGUUUACUACACUGUUAUGACACUGUUUAUAAAUGUGCUAAUACACUGUCAUGUACAAAAUACCGGUAUCGCUCUCCUCUAUCGACAACAAAAUGGCAGCUGCAUCUAGAUUCCCCCGGCGAGCGGUGUGGCAUCGUUGUCACCUGUUCCACCCCGCCAUCCUCUCGACACGCUCCCUCCCUCCACCAAUCUUCUACUUAACAUGCCCCUCAAGCCACUCCCACCACUCCCUGGCCCAAUGGGUAUAACAGAAAGAUCCCACCGCUGACACCAGUAAACGUGGAAUAAUCUCCCACGGCCUCUACAGGGGUAAAAAAAAUCAAAUCCCCCUCCCUCCUCCUCCUGUUCCCCUCCCUCCUCCUCCUGUUCCCCUCCCUCCUCCUCCUGUUCCCCUCUCUCCUCCUCCUGUUCCCCUCCCUCCUCCUCCUGUUCCCCUCCCUCCUCCUCCUGUUCCCCUCUCUCCUCCUCCUGUUCCCCUCCCUCCUCCUCCUGUUCCCCUCCCUCCUCCUCCUGUUCCCCUCCCUCCUCCUCCUGUUCCCCUCCCUCCUCCUCCUGUUCCCCUCUCUCCUCCUCCUGUUCCCCUCCCUCCUCCUCCUGUUCCCCUCCCUCCUCCUCCUGUUCCCCUCUCUCCUCCUCCUGUUCCCCUCCCUCCUCCUCCUGUUCCCCUCUCUCCUCCUCCUGUUCCCCUCCCUCCUCCUCCUGUUCCCCUCCCUCCUCCUCCUGUUCCCCUCUCUCCUCCUCCUGUUCCCCUCCCUCCUCCUCCUGUUCCCCUCUCUCCUCCUCCUGUUCCCCUCCCUCCUCCUCCUGUUCCCCUCUCUCCUCCUCCUGUUCCCCUCCCUCCUCCUCCUGUUCCCCUCCCUCCUCCUGUUCCCCUCCCUCCUCCUCCUGUUCCCCUCUCUCCUCCUCCUGUUCCCCUCCCUCCUCCUCCUGUUCCCCUCCCUCCUCCUGUUCCCCUCCCUCCUCCUCCUGUUCCCCUCCCUCCUCCUGUUCCCCUCUCCCCUCCUCCUGUUCCCCUCUCUCCUCCUCCUGUUCCCCUCCCUCCUCCUCCUGUUCCCCUCUCUCCUCCUCCUGUUCCCCUCCCUCCUCCUCCUGUUCCCCUCCCUCCUCCUCCUGUUCCCCUCUCUCCUCCUCCUGUUCCCCUCCCUCCUCCUCCUGUUCCCCUCUCUCCUCCUCCUGUUCCCCUCCCUCCUCCUCCUGUUCCCCUCCCUCCUCCUCCUGUUUUUCUGCCAAUGUUGUUGUUGUUUUCUAAACAAUUGUUCGUAACACUACGGUGUGUUUUUUAAUGUUAGGAGUGGGUCUGGGAACUGCUCGUCUGUCCGUCCCUGUUUAUCCGUCUGUUGGUGAGCACUGUGUGAAUUCCCCCUGUCCUUGUAAACCCCCCCCAACUCACCCCUGCUAAUAAAAUACAACAAUCUUUCUGUAUCCUAAGAAAAAGAGAUUUCUCUCCCAUGUCAUUAUUUAAAUAAGUGAGCAAUGGAAUAAGACACUGUACCUUACAUGCGAAACAGCAGCAAGAAAUGAAAUAAAAUAUAAGGAUCUCUCUUUUUUUCCCA